CAGAAAAAUUAAAAACAUCAUCAACUGGGUAAACAUUGGCCUUUUUCCGUUUAGAUGCGAAAACCUUUUUCCUGUUGAUAUAAAAUAAAAAGCUUGAUCAGAUUAAGAAGGAAAAGGGUUGAUUUUCUUGGUUUGGUGUGUCUUCAUAUUCUUUACUUGGAGGGGUUUGCUGUUGCUCUUAAAUUGAACUCCUACAGAUAUCGUCUUAUGAUAACAAUGGAAUAAAUAUCCUUGUGUGAUGGGGGAAGAUCAUACAUGUUCAACCUAGUGCUGCCCAUAUUAUAUUCGUCACUUACAUUUCAAGUCAUUUCCUCUUGCAAUGAUCCCUUUUUGUUUCCCUGGUCAGUUGUUUCUUCAUCAAGCUGUCUUGGAAAGAAGUGAAAACAGGAAAUUCUUUGCUCCAGUGCCGGGGAAAUUCUGUUUGUGCACAUUGUGUGGUCUUGUGGAGAACAAGAGGCAAAAACCAGAGCAGCCAAACAAAAAUUUGUAAACAAAUAAAGCUGUUGCUGCCCUUUCAUCUUAUAACUGUAAUUAUGAUAGCCCAAUUGGCAUUGGCUCUACUAUGUCUUGUUGCAGCAUGGAUGCCACUUGUGUGCUUGAGUCUUCUAAAGGGAUGGUCUUGGUCACGGACCUUAUGUUCAUGGCGCCUAACAUUUCCCACUCUUUCCUUCAGCAGCCACAGGCACAGAGAGAUAUCAUCCGAGUCUGUCAGCCGUCCUCGGCUCACAGCCACCACCUUCAGUGGCCAGUGCUGCACUCACCCACAUCACGAACAAGAAUGUUCUGAAUUGAACGAGGAUGAUGUGAAGGUAUUGGUUUCUCACAUCGACGAGACCGAUGGCGGUCCACCAUGGAAGCUCAUGAUGGAGCGCUCUACCCCUACUUUGACAUACCAAGCUUGGUACAGGGAUCCACCGUUGGGCCCUACGCAGUACCGUACAAGAACCGUAUUCGAAAAUGUAUCACCUGAGUUGCUGAGGAACUUCUUCUGGGAUGAUGAAUUUAGACCCCAGUGGGAUAACACGCUCAUUCACUUCCAAACUCUCAGAGUUUGCCCCAAAACUGGUUCCAUGACUGUCCACUGGAUUAGAAAGCUGCCAUUGUUCUGCAGUGAUCGAGAAUAUGUCAUAACCCGUCGCAUUUGGGAAUCUGAUUCUGGAUAUUACUGCCUAACAAAGGGAACACCAUAUCCACCCCUACCAAGGUCUAAAAGACCAAGACGAGUAGAUCAUUAUUAUUCGAGUUGGCAUAUAAAAUCAGAAACAACUAUUUCAGUGAAGCCUAGGAAUGGAGAGCAGCAUAAAAUGGCAUCAGAAGUGCUUCUGUUUCAUCAUGAAGAUAUAGGGCUCCCGAGGGAGGUUGUGAAGAUGGGUGUUAGGGCAGGAAUGUGGAGCCUGGUAAAGAGACUGCAUCUGGGCCUGCAGACUUACCAAAUGGCAAAGGAAAAUGAUGGGUCUCCUUCGAAUUAUGCACUUAUGGCAAACAUAACCACAAAGAUUAAAAAUUAGAUGAUUCCUUCCCACCAUUGUUUUGAGUGGCAGAAAAUCACAUGUGCAAAAAGUGUAGUAAAAUAAUAGAGAGCUCCCUCAGAACUUGUAAAAUCUUCAACAUGACAUUGAUUUAGACAAGGCUGAAACUUAUAUAUAUUUGGCGUUCAAUCAUUGGGAGCUGCAUCAAAUCAAAGACACUCUUUUUCAAACUCCCAGUAAAACAUUUUCUUUGGUCAAUCAACUUUUUCAACUCAAACGUGAUGCACAAAAUGAAAAGAAUCAAUGAAAACGAAAGGGUACCAAAAAAAAAACACAUCGAAUCAAAGAUAUAUGCACAUAUACAUGUCAGAAUUUGUUCGCAUAGGGGAAAAUGAAACGAAAGAAUGGCUGAAAAGAAAAGACAAGCCACGGAGAAUAUCAACGAACGGAGAAAUCAAGCAAACAAAGGGGGUUUGGAGAAGAUGUCCCCUUCAAGUUCAGCCAUUAGACGGCGGCUGCGGGAUUGAUUGUUAUCGAUGAAAAUGAAGGCCCCUUUUAUAGCCUAAACAUCGUAACCGUGAUGAACUCUAGACCUAACCCGGGUUGUUUUGUUGUGUCAUUUUUGUGGGCUUGUGGUUUUUGUUGGGUCUAUUUUCUUGUGGGCUUCUUCUUCGGUUCUUCUUUUCUUAAAAACUAGCUUCUCUGCAAGGCUUCCAAGCCUGCGAGAGUUUUUUUUUUUUUUUUUUUUUUAAUUUUAAUUUUAAAUUUAUUUUA